CAACACCACGACGAGCGCCCGGCUUUGUCUGUCCGCGCAAAUCCAAAGCUCUGUCGCAUACAACUCGGUGCGACAAUCACAAGAAUGCGUCACAUCGCCUUCGAAAUUGACUGCGUGGCUGCUUGCUUGCUUGCCACGACUCCAAUCUCAUCGUCGAUGUAGCGCCCAGGUAAUCUUUGCCGUUCUAGAAGCAUCGCAGCUAUGUGAAAUAUGCGGUGAGGUUCGUCUCCCAGACUCUAUAUAAAGCUGACUCGCACACGCUGCUGCCCUCCUUUCUCUCACAGCACCGAAUUUCACUAUCAUAUCAGACAAUCCAAGCACACCCAAUUGCUCCCAAACCACCGAAAGUGCUCUCAGAAUGCUCUUCUCCAAGCCUAACAGCGCGUUGAACCUCGCGGCAGUACUCGUCAUUGCCGCUUUCUCUGCUCUUCCGGUGGCCCUUGCGAAUGUGGAGGUCCGUGACAGGGGUCACGGCGACGCGCAGAAAGCGCAAUGGCAUCAAGAUUGCGCUUUGAUGGGCGGACAAACCGCAAAGUGGGACCUGUGGUAUGACUCGAGUGUGAAGAAGGUCUUUGCAUACUGCAUCGACGACGAGGGACAAGAUAUUUCGCAAGACGUCGCGGAUCGUCUGGGCUGGUAGACUACUCUGCCUGCUAUGCCCUACUAAGCUCCUCGAAGAGGCAUGGACGUGAUACAUGUCUCGGACUGGAGCAGACUCAGCGCGACUUGUCGCUGUCAAGACGUAAUUUGCUCCUCAUCCACUUCCAAUCACCUCGACCAUGUAAGGUCCAGAGACACGGUGAUUGCGACGCGAUGAACAGAGUCGCGAGUGUCAUCAAAGGCAAUCUGCAAAUGCGAGCGUGCACUAUCUCCCCUAGACCUCCACACGAAGUGCGGCGCUAUAUAGCUCCUCUCAUGCAU